UGUCCCAUCUGCAGCCAUGGCCCCCGUCCCUCUCCCAUCGUCGGCCAUCAAAGCCGGCUACUGGUCCUCAUGGAUUAACUCCACCUCCCCACCUUCCUCCAUCAACCUCUCCUACUUCACCCACAUCUACUACGCCUUUGUCGAACUAGAUAACACCUCCUUUGAACUCGUCGUCACCCCCUCCGACGCAGGCAUGCUCGCCGACUUCACGGCCACCCUCCACGCUCACGACCCCCCAAUCAAAGCCAUGCUCUCCAUCGGCGGCGGCGGCGGCGGCGAAGACACCUUCGCCAGCAUGGCCACCAACUUCUCCACCCGCUCCGCCUUCAUUAAAUCCACCAUCGCCGUCGCCCGUGAGUACAACCUCGACGGCCUGGACCUCGGCUGGGAGUUCCCGUCGAACCCGGAGAAAAUGGCCAGCCUCGGCGACCUCUUCAUGGAAUGGCGCGACGCAAUCUCUCGCGAAGCGGCCGAGACUGGCCGACCGAGCCUGUUGCUCACGUCAGCCGUGUACUUCGCGUCGCACUUCUUCCUCACAGGCAGCACACCAAUAUCUUAUCCGGCCGACAAGAUGGCGGUCAGUCUGGACUGGAUCAACUCUAUGUGCUACGACUACCAUGGCUCAUGGGACACGUCGGAGACUGGGGCGCCUGCGGCGCUGUACGACCCAAAGAGCAACGUGAGCACGAGCUAUGGACUCACGUCGUGGGUGGAGGCUGGGAUUCCACCGAAGAAGGUGGUGAUGGGUUUGCCAUUAUAUGGCCGGACGUGGAAGCUCAAGGAUCCGGCAGACCACGGCAUCGGCGCACCGGCAGUAGGGAUCGGACCGGGAACUGACGGGGAGAUGGUGUACUCGUUGGUGGUGGAUUUUAACACGGAAAACAACGCGACCCAAGUGCAUGAUGAAAUAACGGUGUCUGUGUAUUCUUACGCCGGGACCAAUUGGAUCGGCUACGAUGACCUGUGGUCGGUGACGAGGAAGAUAGACUUCGCGCUGGAGCACGGCCUCGGCGGGUAUUUCUUGUGGACGAUCGGAAACGACGAGGAUUGGAGCAUCUCUCGUGGAGCAUGGGGCGCAUGGCAGAGUUGAGCGAUGGCCUUCCUUCUUCAUCUUCUUCCGCCAAUGUUAUCUCUCUCCUUGGCUUGACGUAAUAAGUAUUUAUUUGCUUAACUUUGGC